CAGACGGCGCCGAGGCAGCUAUAACGGGGACACGGGAGAUCGAGGAGGAGGGUGAGAGAGAGAGAGAGAGAGAGGGAGAGGUCGAUAUUCUCGACCUUGGAUCUUUCUUUGAAGAUUUUUUGCGGACACCAUGAUCCGCGAUCCGAAGUCAAUUGACUGUUGAAUCAGUUUUCUUUCGUCCGAUCUUACGAUCUUUGAUGAUUUAUUGCCUUGCGGCCCGAUCUCGAUCUUCUUGGUCCGCCGGAGAACUUCUCUCCGUAAGUUUCAGAUAGGGAAGAUACGGAUGGCUCGUCCUCUGAUGAAGAUUGUCGGCACUUUCUGCGGCCGAAGCUUGGAUACUUAUUUCGAUUGCGCCGGCGGGAGAGAUGCGCUGAUGUGGUGCCGGGACCUAAGCCGUCACGCGGCUGGGGAGUUUUCGAUGGCGGUGGUGCAGGCCAACAGCCUUCUUGAAGAUGCUAGCCAGAUCGAGUCCGGGUCCCACGGGACAUUCGUCGGGGUUUAUGACGGCCAUGGUGGGCCGGAGGCCGCGCGUUACGUUGCGGACAAUCUUUUUCAGUGGAUCAGAAGGUUCAUAGAUGAAGAGGAGGGCAUGUCAGUGGAUGUUCUACGCAAAGCACUAUCGGCAACGGAGGAUGGCUUCCUAUCAAAUGUCAAGAAAAACUGGUCAAACAUGCCUCUUUUAGCAACGGUUGGAUCAUGCUGUUUAACUGGGUCUGUAUGUGGUGGCAUGCUUUAUGUGGCAAACCUUGGAGAUUCUCGUGCUGUGUUGGGAAGAUUCAAAAUGAAUGAAAGGGGCGUUAUGGCUGUGCAACUGACACAGGAGCACAAUGCAUGUCAUGAGUCUGUUAGACAAGAACUUCGUUUAAUGCAUCCUGAUGAUCCGAAAAUUGUGGUUUUAAAAAAUAGGGCUUGGCGUGUUAAAGGGAUCAUACAGGUAUCCCGAUCUAUUGGAGAUGCAUACUUGAAGAAAGCAGAAUUCAAUAAAGAACCUCUUAUUGGAAAGUUUCGUGUUCCAGAAUCAUUUUCUAAGCCAAUCCUAUCAGCCGAGCCAUCAGUAGUGACGCAUAAGAUAUGCCCACAAGAUCAGUUUGUGAUAUUUGCAUCCGACGGCCUGUGGGAGCACAUGACUAACCAAGAAGCUGUGGAUAUGGUUCAAAACUUCCCCCGUAGUGGAAUUGCGAAAAGGCUUAUUGAAGCGGCAUUACAAGUUGCAGCAAGGAAAAGAGAGAUGAGGUACUCUGACCUCAGAAAAAUAGAGCGUGGUAUCCGGAGACACUUUCAUGAUGACAUUACUGUAAUAGUUUUGUUUCUAGACCAUUCACUUGCGAGCAAAAGUUCUUAUACUGGUCCUGUGCUUUCACUAAGACCGGGCAAAAAAGCAGUCCAUAACUGACCAUGUUGAUGCAGACUAACUACUAUCACUUAUGUAACGUUGUUUCUGCUCAAUAGAGUUCGUGAUGUGGUUCCUUUUCGAUGCAUUUGAUGCUAUUCUACGAGCAAUGGUUCACCUGGAUGGCGAAUAACUGGUGCUGAACACUAGAGGUAAUGAUCUUGUCAGCCCAGCACUCAGAUAUAUAGCCUUUUAUUCUCUCCAGAGUUAACUUUGUGUUUCUAAGCUAUUGCUUUUGUUUGUUCAAUUAAUAAAUAGUACCUUUACUUUA